AUGGAAGACAACCACAUCUACCAAUUCUCUCUCCUCAACGCCCUCAUGGACGGAGUCUGCGAAACCGGAAUCUCCGCUUCAAAACUCGCUUCCAAAGGCAAUCAAGGCUUGGGCACAUUCGCACGCAUGAAUGGUGAAUUACUGUUCUUGGAUGGCAGAAUCUGGCAAUUGUUACCUGGGGGCGUGACGAGAGAAGCGGGCGAUGAAGAUCAGAUUCCUUUUGCUGUUUGUACGAAGUUUGUGGCGCAACGGACGGAGAGGGUGGAGUUGAAAGGGAAAGGUGAUGUUGAUGCCGUGCUGGAUGGGUUUGAGAGGCAUGCGAAGAAUCUUUUUAUGACGUAUAGGAUUGAGGGGGAGUUUGAGUAUGUUAGGUGUAGGACGGUUAGGGGGCAGGAGUAUAAAGGUCAACCUCUUUCGGAACUCGGCCGGAAGCAAUCUGUGGAGGAGUAUGAGAAUGUUCGGGGUAUCAUUAUCGGGUUCAGGACUCCGAAGAAUUGGCAGGGGUUUGGUGUUGCUGGGGAGCAUUUGCAUUUUAUUAAUGAGGAGAGGACGAAGGGUGGGCAUGUUUUGGAGGUUAGGGCGAAGGAAGUUGAGAUGAAGAUGGCUGUGGCUUCGAAUGUGCAUGUUGAGUUGCCGACUUCGGAGGAUUUUAAUGCUGCUGCUUUGGUUACGGAUGAUGAGGGUGUGAGAAAGGUGGAAGGAUAG